AUGGCAAGGUAUUCCAAUCUCGACAAUCACGAUUACACCGACGACGACUCUUCAGACGACGGUCUACAUUCUUUCAACGAUAACAACAACAAUGCCCCAUCCUACCGUCUCACCAAAUACACCCGCCCGUUAAUCGACUACGUCCGAAACGAGUGGCAAACCAACCCCAAAUAUGCCUCCCUUCCCCUAACAAACGGCGACACCUCCAACUGCCCGCGCUGGGUCCAGCUGCUCGGCUCCAUCGUAACGGCACCCCGCUUCCGCCGGUAUGUCGUGGUCUAUACGACGGUUCUGAUCUCCUGCUGGACCGUGUGGAAGUUCAUCGUCUCGCCGCGGCUGGAGGAGCAUGCGGCGAUUCUUCGCGCACUGGAUCCGCAGACGAAGGAGGAAGUGGGCGGGUGGUUUGGGGCGAAUGCGUUACCCAGGUUUGAUAAUCUGGUUCAGUUGAGGACGCUGGAGCCGUCGCUAUUACCUGGGGAGGUGGCAUCGGAGUCCGAUCCGCAUGGCGGGAGGAGGUUGAUUUUCAUCGGUGAUGUGCAUGGUUGCAAGGAUGAGUUGGAAAGACUACUAGAAGAGACAUCCUUCAACUCAGACACCGACCAUCUAAUCUUUACCGGCGAUCUGAUCACCAAGGGUCCCGAUAGCUUGGGCGUCGUCGACCUAGCCCGCAACUACUCCGCUUCCUGUGUCCGCGGCAAUAACGAAGAUAAGGUCCUCAGCCUCCGCCACAACAUGAUCGCCGCCAACACCAUGAACGACGAAUUCUUGGACAACGCGAACAUGCACAGGGGAAAGUACACAAAGGAGCGCCAAGUGGCACGACAGCUGAACGAAGAGCAGGCCGAUUGGCUCGAUACUUGUCCGGUCGUUCUGAACGUGGGCCAGAUCAGGGGCAUGGGACAGGUUGUUGUGGCCCAUGCGGGAUUGGUUCCGGGGGUGGAUCUCGACAAACAAGAUCCGUAUAGUGUCAUGAAUAUGAGGACUGUUGAUUUGGAUACGCAUGUGCCGAGUUCUUCGGGGAAGGGCACGAAGUGGACGAAGUUAUUCAACAAGCACCAGUCGCUUCUCUCCGAUAGUCUCCAUGAGACCUUCGAAGAUCCCGAGUCGAUGCUUACGACCGUCAUCUACGGCCACGAUUCCCAGUCGUCGCUUUCUCUCAAGACCUACACCAAGGGUCUCGACACUGGCUGCUUUAAAGGUGGAAAAUUGACGGCGCUGGUCGUGAGUGACGGUGGAGAGCAGAAGAUCGUGCAGGUGAGGUGUAACGACCAUACUAAAGAGUGA